AUGAGCCUUCUGGUCGCCAUGCUGCACCUGCUGCUUUCCGUCUACAUCUUCACCUUCCUGAUCGGCGUCCCCACCAACAUUCUGGCCUUCUGCACCUUCUGCCACAAGGUGCGUCAGAAGGCGACCCCGAUAGACGUCCUCCUGCUGAACCUCACCAUCUCGGACCUGGUCUUCUUGGCGUUCCUGCCCUUCAAGAUGAAGGAGGCGUCCGACAGCUUUGCCUGGGUGCUGCCCUUCGCGCUUUGCCCGUUCACCGGGUUUCUGUUCUACGUCACCAUCUACAACAGCACGCUGCUGCUCACCGCCGUCAGCGUGGAGCGGUACCUGGGCGUCGCCUACCCGCUCAGGUACUCGCUGUGGCGCCGGCCUCGCUACGCCGCAGUGGCCAGCGUCAUGUUCUGGGUGGUGACCUGCUUGAACCUCAGCAUCGUCUACAUCAUGCCCUACUCCCAGUGGAGGAAGGGCUCCGACGGCGGCCACAGCAACAGCAGCGCGCCGGCGCCGCCUCCAACCACCUGCUACCUGAACUUCACCGAGGACGAGCUCGACAUCCUGCUGCCGUUCCGCCUGGAGCUCUUCCUCGUCCUCUUCUGCAUCCCCUUCUUCAUCAGCUGCUUCUGCUACGUCAACUUAAUCCUCAUCCUGUCCCGACUGCCGAACAUCAGCCGGCGGCGGCGGCUUCGGUGCAUCGGCCUGGCGCUCAGCACGCUGAUCGUGUUCGCUGUCUGUUUUGGGCCUUACAAUGCCUCCCAUGUGGUGGGGUUCGUCCGGAAGGAGAGCCAGGAGUGGAGGAACGUGGCGCUGCUCUUCAGCACCCUCAACGCCUGUCUGGACCCGUUCAUCUUCUACUUUUCCUCGGUGGCCGUCAGGAGCAUGUUGAAGAACUUCUUUGGGAACGUCGCACCAAAGCUGCGUAUCCUGGGACGUGGAAGAGGUUCUCACAGUCUCCAACACAAACCCUCCAAGGCGGAAAAAUACAAGGAAGCAGCACCUCCAUGA